AUGAGUGACAAUAGGACACUGUUCAAAAGCUUAAGCAACUUAUAUGAAGAGCCAUCUAUUGAACUGAGAAGAGGGCCCUGGACUCUUGAGGAAGAUAAUCUGCUUAUUCAUUACAUAAGUUGUAAUGGUGAAGGCCGUUGGAAUUCUCUGGCUAAAUGUGCUGGGCUUAAGAGAACAGGGAAAAGUUGCAGAUUAAGGUGGUUGAAUUACUUGAAGCCUGACAUUAAGCGUGGAGACCUCACCCCACAAGAGCAACUCCUGAUUCUUGAACUUCAUUCCAAGUGGGGGAACAGGUGGUCAAAAAUUGCAGAGUGUUUACCUGGAAGAACAGAUAAUGAAAUCAAGAACUACUGGAGAACAAGGGUACAAAAACAGGCAAGACAACUUAAGGUCGACUCAAAUAGCUACAAGUUUGUGGAAGCAAUUCGACGAUUUUGGAUGCCAAGAUUGCUAGAAAAAAUGGAACAAAAUUCUUCACUAAUGUUCUCUCCUUCCAUUGACAAUCAAAAUUCCACAACCCCUUCAACAAACAGGCCCCCCUUGACGUCGCCAUGUCUAAAAUCGAGCAACCGUGUGAAUACAUCUGAUCUGCACAGGGAAAAAUCAAGCACAAAUCUAAACUGGGAUUCCUUAGAUUCUGUGGGAAAUCUUAUGCUGUCUGAAAAUGCAGAAAAUUUAGGCAUUCCUGAACAAAUUUGUGACAAUAUAGCCUAUGAUCAUUCGGUUCAAAAUGAUUGUCACAACGUGGACAUUACAAGUUAUGAAAUGUCAGCAUUUGGUUCCGAGGAUACUUCCAUGUCAGAAUUCCGGGUGUCAGAGUUUGAUUUGUUUAGUGAGGACUUGACAUGUACUUCUUGGAAUACAGAUGAAUUAUGGGAAUUUAGAAAAUCAGAUCAGGGGUUUGGGGUCUAG